AUGGCGCAAGACGCAGCAUCGCCAUCGCUUAAGCGCUCAUCAUCGUCGCAGUCGCCUCUGCGCGAGCCCUUCUCCAAGCGGGCCAAACGUCCGUAUUUCCAUCACCACAAGCUGCAGCAACGCGUGCAAACGGAGCAGCUGCCCGAGCCCGCCAUCCCAGACGAUGCGACCGUCACCCAUCUUUUGAACCGGUCGAUUGGACAGGUGCUGUCCUUGUCUGGAUAUGAAAUUGCCGAGCCUACAGCGCUGGAUGCCUUUCGGCAGGCUACGGAGGAGUAUGUCCUCCACCUGGCAUCCUUUGUGCGCCAGGCAAUGACUGCCUCACGUCGCAUGCAGCCAAUCCCACAAGAUUUUGAAUUCGCGCUCCAACGAGCCCAUAUCGGUACCGAUGAACUGCUCCUUCAAAUACCAUCAGCCACAAAAACACCUCCAGCACCCCCCAUCCCGACACUCCUGCCCAGCCCACCACCAGAAGCCGAAAACCUAUUUGGCGCCUUCCUCGGCAUGCCCAUCCUGGGCGACGAUCUGAGCGGCGAAGACGAUCGCCGCCGAAACAGCUACAUCCCCGCGCAUUUCCCCCAGUUCCCCAGCAAACACACCUACUGCUUCACACCCGUGUACACGGAUCGUGAGACGGACCCGCAGACGAUCCGCGAGCUCGGCACAGAGGAUGGGCGCCAUGGCGAAGAAGCGCUGCGCAAAUUGGCGCGGGCUGCCUUUAAGGAUACACACGUCUCUGGUGUCGGCAAGGGUGAGAAGCGGCUCUGGGGCCGCAAGACCGAGACCAUGGAGAGUAUGUUUGAGAGAACCAUUCGCGCAGCCACCAAGAAGAGUAAUAAAGCAGCUCCUCCGGCGUCGACGGAGGGUGUGGAAGGAGUUCAGAAUCUGGCCAAAUUUUCAAUGGCCAAUCUCGAACUGGCCCCGAUAGUCAACUGCGAGAGAGGUUUCUGGCGAAAGACUGCGACGGGGUCUUCAAAGACUGAUAAACCGGCUGAUACCAAGGAUGUUGUUGUCAAGGCGGAGCGAUGA